AUGGCCCCUAAGAAGGGAGUUACCACCUCGCUGGCCGAGGUGAAGAACAAGAAGCCGGCGUGCGCGGAGUGCCGGAGAAGGAAGAAGCGGUGCGGGCACCGCGUCGACCCUUCGGCCUCCGAGGCCAUGAAUUCCCCCGCCGUCGCCGCCGAAGCCGCCGACGUUCCUGCCGCCAACGUCGAUCCCCCGAUCGACGUCAACACCGCGGCCGAGAUCCUCAUGUCAAUGAGGUAUGGAUCCUCGGUGGAGGAGCCGGUCCUGGAGGGUGACCAGGACUGUACCACCACGGCCUCCGGCGCCGAAUCCUCGGCCGUGGCCCUUCGGGACGCCGCUGAUCACCCCAGCGAGCGCCCCCUGAAGCGGCUGAGGAUCUCGGGGCCGCGCCGCCCGUCGCCUCCUGUCCCUGCUGCUGACAGCGCAGAGGGAGCCGCCACCAUGGCGGUCAACACCGUCUUUGCCCGGGACCUGGCAAAGAAGUUGGAGGAGUUCGAGGCCAAGUACCAGGCCUCUAUGGCUGCUCACAAGGCGGUCAUGGAGGCUGGGAAGGCCGUCAAGGACCUGGUGGAGUCGUGGGUGGGGAGCUGGGCUGCUGGGCAGUGA